AUGGUGGUGGUCGUUACGCAUCUCCCCAGUGUCCCAGGCCAGCCAGGCUACGGACCAUCUUUCUUUGCGCCAAACAACACGACAGAAGUAGUUUCUGGCGAUCGUUCCGAAGACACAAUGACUCAGGGACGGGCUACAAUGUCGACAACUGAACAGAAAUUGGGGGAUUCCGAUCCGCAGAUCGAAAGGGACAAGGAUACAUUUUGUUUCAACGAAAAAGGGAGUGAUUCGCAAGAGAGUGAUUCUGUCUCUCUUGGAGACAUGCCCAGCUUGAAAGGAUUACCCCAGCUCUCAGCGGACGAAUGUGCAUCCGAAGCUCAACAGCCUGGUUCGCCAACUACUCGACAGGAAACUCGAACCAAUCUGGCUAGCGACACCCCUGAUCUGCUCUCUGUACAAAGCAAUCGCAGCAGUUCAUUGCUUAAGAGUGCAGGACUCGAUGGAAAGAAGGCUGUGCUGGUGGGACUCACAGUGCUGAGUGCUACUGAUAAGAUUGCGACUUCCGAUGAAGCAGCUUCGCCAGCCUCCUCAUCAGCCGAUGCGCCAGGCUCCCACUACGACGAGGACGAGCAUGAGGGUCGCAAUCUCUCGAUGCUAGGAUCCAAACUGGAAGAAGUACAACAAGACCAGCCAUCGGAAGCUUCACCUGAUCAGCAGGACGUGGACGAUCAUGCUUCUGUCGGCGCACAAGGCGUCGCCGAAGCGGAGCUAGCAGAUGACCAAUCUGCGCAACCAAAGAAGGAGACGGGCAAUUUCCAACUAGUCUCUGCUCUGCCCAUGCAAUCAAAGCAACAUGUGACAAUCCAGGAAUCAAACAAGAAAAUCGACGGCAGUGGCUUAAGUGAGCCGGUUGACUCUCUUAGUUCCGGUGAAAUCGGUGAAAUCGAGCACAAAGCAGCUAUCACAACCCAAAGCGGUGACGUACAUGUAACAGCUAUGGCGAUCAACCCUGCUGCGUCCUCUGUUCAGCUUAGCACUGCAAGCAAAUCCUCCCUCGAACAGCCUCAUAGCCCGAAGUCCUUCACUCGCUCAGCAGAAACUAACGAGAAUACAGGCAACAGCUCGAAGCGGCAAAAGAAGGAAGAUUGUACCUCAACUCAUGAGCAUCCUGUUCCCCUCGAUGUCCAAAUUGCAGCUGCACCGGAGAAGAAGAGGCCAACUAAGAAGAUGGCGAAAUCCAUUGCGAAGCCGAGAAAAGAUCCAAAUGUGAGAAGCCACAAAACCACUACACAGCCGAGUUUCGAGCUCGAAACGGGCGAGCAGGGGCCUGUUGGUCCGGAUAACAUCUUCAAUCACCCAGAGCAUCAGAUAGCACUCCCUGCCAGACAAGAAAUGAAAAUCAGGCCCAAACCCCCCCGCAAAUCUACGGAGCGUUCUCGUAAGCAGCAGACUCAGGUCUCCGGGGCCGUUGAACAGGAGGGACACCCGUCUCAAGAGUCGGUCGAAUUUUCUGGCGUGAACGUGACAGCAAUCGGAUCCCUACUCAGCAAUGAUGCUACUAUAGGAACAGUCUCCGAACAGACUUUAGUUCCGGCAAAGCCAGAGUUGAACAUCAUUAAGCAGGGGAAGGCUAAGUAUAAGGAAUCGAGAAAAGCCAAGGUCAAGACCAAGCUUGUUACGCCCGAUCCAGAUCAGAGGGUCGCGCCCAGCUUCGUGUCAUCUUCGGAUCCGAUUACCACACGCCGUUCAAAGCCAGCUAUGAAGCGAGCUACGGUGAAGAGCGCCAAAGGUCGUAUUGCUCAGCUUCGACCCGCUCAGGCUGAUGACGCCGUAUCAGAGCUGGAGCUUGAUUCGGUUCGGCGCUCUUCGAGUUCGAUGUCACUUCACGCUGGAACAGGCUAUCGUCCCGACGAAGAGCCCUCAACAGGGUCCUUAUUGCACCUUGCUGUUGCACAGACAGAAUAUGCCGGCUCUCGUCUUCAUUAUGGUGAAUCUUCAUUUGCUGGUCAGCAGCAGCCCUCAACUGCUCCUUCCCAGUCCGUUCAUCCGCCUUGCCAAAGCGGAGAUACGGAUCACCACAUCGUCUUAACCAUCGCCCCUCCGCACUAUCCCGCUCAGGCUUACUUCUCUACUCGAGCGGAGAUGUUGCAACAGUAUAAUAGGGGCCUGAGCUCGCUUUCGAGUGCUACAUCGAAGGUCGAGUCUGAGAGGCAAUGGUCGUCGGAGCCAUCAGUCGCUGUACCAGACUCAAGCUCGUCGACUGCAUACGGGGCGAUUCACGAAGCUACUAGUCUCACCACUGUCGCUAUCGCGACUGAAAGCGCCACGGGGGACGAAGUCUCCGAUACCGUGUCUCUCUCGCCCUUUGAGUCUUUCCACAAGCAGGAGCCCGAUCCACGGGUCUUUCCGCCGGGCUGGAGAUUCCCAAAAUUCGAUGUCAUUGAUCCGGAGCUGUUGAUGACGACAAUGCGGGACAGCACUGUCUGGACGUUUUGGGACUGCUACCUGCCUCUGGGAUGUCGAGACCAGGAUAUGGUGAUGCUGUCCAAUGACAACGUCGCCUUUCCUUGCGCGGCUUGGAAUCCUUGCCUCUUCUCGGUCAUGCUCGAGCGAGUCAUCAAGAAUCCCAGCCGCAUCGUCACUCAGAUCUUACAGCGCGGCGUAGAGGAGAACCGUAAAAAACUUGGCUAUAAGCCUCUGCCGUGCGUCUGGAUCGACGAGAAUUGGCGCGCGACUAAUUUGCUGCUCUCAUUUCUGCAUCCGAUCCCAUCCAUGUUCCUGCCCGACUAUGCCACUUGCCGAAUCGUGUUGGAUCUUGGCGCAAGAUACGGGGUCGAAAGGGCGACUCUGGCGGCAACGCAGAGGAUGCACCAGCUCGACAAGGGAGACAGACCAGAAAAAGACAAGGGAAAGGGCAGAGCGAGGGAAGAAGACAUCGAAGCGGAUUUGGUCAGACGGGUGGCCUAA